CCCGCUAUAACGAAUGAAAAUGAUGUUUAUAAUAAUACUUACUUAAAAAUAUUCUUUUUUAUAGUUGGAAGGCGUUAUCGAUUUUUGUUUUGGAACAUUGACGCGAUAACUAUGACACCGACUUGCUCCUUAGCUAUGUAUAGGGAUUAGGGAUAGAUCGACAUGGUUAUCAUAGGAUGGUAUUACCGAUAAUCUCGCGGGAAAAAAGCGCACUUUUGCUAAUGAUCCGCGAACAAACCGGCUCGACGGAACUUCUGUGUUUUGAAGAUACAAUAAUCAGUAGUUUGAGUGUCGACGAAUAGUUUCGAAGAUGUCAGAGAAAAAACGUGUGCUCAUGAUCUGUUUAGGUAACAUCUGUCGCUCUCCGAUUGCAGAGGCAGUAUUUGCUGAAAUAGUAAAAGAAAAAGGACUCGAGGAUGAUUGGGAAGUUGAUAGUGCUGCACUUAUAGGCUAUCACACAGGUAAAAACCCUGAUCGUCGAGCCAUGGAGGUACUCAAGGCUAAGGGAAUCAAAGAUUAUAGCCACAAAGCAAGAACUCUGGAAUCAAAUGAUUACACAAAGUUUGAUUGGAUCUUUGGAAUGGAUGAAGAUAAUUUAGAAGAGCUUGAGAGGAAAAAGCCUCAAAGAUGCAAAGCUACUAUUGAGCUGCUGGGCAAACAUGAUCCUGAUGGAAAACUCAUCAUAAGAGAUCCUUACUAUGAUAGCAAUAGCGCUGGAUUUUAUGAAGUAUACGAACAGUGCGACAGAAGCAUUCGUGCUUUCUUGCAAAAACAUAGUUAGCCUAAUUAAUUUAUUGUUAUUCUAUAAUAUUACUGGUUACUAAUUAAAAAUAAAAAAUUGAGAUUUUUAUGAAUAAAUUCUUUAUUUUCUGAAA